CAAUGCGCUAUGAAGGUGAAAGGCAUUGGAUGCAAGUCAGUUGCGGAGGUUUCGCCCCUUUGUUUUUAACACCUUGCCAAGAUGCGUCCGCCUUUUCAGAGCCAGAGAGCUCUUACGGGAGAGCAUCUCAGACUGCCGGAGCGGCUUUGUGGUCACAGUGACUUAUUGGAGAAUUAGCGGAGAGACAUUCGUCCAGCUCAAACAUGCAAAGGAGACGUGGGGAUGUCCUUCUGCUCGUAAAUAUGCCCAAUCCGGUAACGUUGAGUGCGUCCCUGGAUAUUCUCCUAACUUUAACAUGACUGCGAGUUAAACUGAGCUGACCUUGGAUAAUUACCCAAAGCAUUAAUUUGACCAAUUUAUUGACAUCUUUGCAUGCUUUCAUAUAGGAUAUGCUGAGUAGUCCACUGCCAGAUGCAGAAGAGCACAACGCCGGUAAAUUAUUGCAUGUGGCAAAGGCACAAUUUAAAUUAUAUUUCAGUUAGAUAAAGUGCAUGAGUGGCAUGGCCAACAGCAUUAUGGAUUAAGCAACAACCCGGGCUUUUUGGAAUUGACGAAAGAAGACAAACGAAUGUCUCGCUCCCGAAUAAAGGAGGCUAAAUGUGGUCUAUGACUUCGUCCUUGGGUGAAACGCCAAGCUCGCGCUUGCCUGUCGGAUUUGAGAUUUUAGUUUAGCUCACGUUACUCAUUCAUAGCAGAACACCGCCAUGAGAGAAAGUGUAUUCUAGACAUCUAAUUCUUCCUCAAUUUGAGAACCAGCGGAGCGUGAGGAAAACAGGAGAAUAAACAUGCUCACCCGUGGAGAAGCUGAGCCACGGAGAUCGCAGACGUUAAAUGGAUUUGGGUAAUAUGUCAUGAAUUUGUUUUCACGCUACAUAAUCAAUCCGAAGAAAUGUUCGUGUCAGACUAGUGGAUAAACUUGCGGUAUGUGACAGUAAUCCGCAACUCCGCGGCAACUCCCAUUCAGUGUAUUUAAUUGCAGCCGGACUGAAGAAUUCCGUCAUGAUCCUCACUGUGAAUCGAGCAUACGUUUAACCUUAUUGGCGCAUGUCCAAGGAAUUGCUCAUGAUUGGGUUCGCUUGACCAAAUUCUCCGGAGGAGAACUUUACACAUGAACUGGACUCCGGCAUGCCAGAAAACAUCCCGUUUCUGAAGAACCGCACGGAACUGGGACAUGUUGGACGCGCGCUGGGUUCGAGCUCGCGACCCGCGUGGGCUGUAGCGGCGCUGGCCAGCGUGCUGAUCUUCACCACGGUGGUGGACGUCCUGGGGAAUCUUCUGGUCAUUAUCUCUGUCUGUCGCAAUAGGAAGCUGAGAAAUGCUGGUAACGUGUUUGUGGUGAGUCUGGCGUUUGCUGAUCUGCUGGUGGCCUUCUACCCCUACCCAUUGGUGCUGUAUGCAAUCUUCCACGAUGGCUGGUCACUGGGGGACACGCAGUGCAAGGUGAGUGGCUUCCUGAUGGGCCUGAGUGUGAUUGGCUCCAUCUUCAACAUCACAGCGAUCGCCAUCAACCGCUACUGCUACAUCUGCCACAGCUUCGCCUACGGGCGCCUCUACAGCUACCGCAACACGCUCCUGCUGGUGGGUCUGGUGUGGACACUGACCGUGCUGGCCAUCCUGCCCAACCUGUUCGUGGGCUCGCUGCAGUACGACCCGCGCGUCUACUCUUGCACCUUUGCGCAGACGGCCAGCGCCUCGUACACCAUCGCCGUGGUGGUGGUACACUUCCUGGUGCCCAUUGCCGUGGUGACCUACUGCUACCUGCGCAUCUGGAUCCUGGUCAUUCAGGUGCGUCGGAAGGUGAAGAGCAACGAACGUCCGCGCCUGCGCCCGAGUGACCUGCGCAACUUCGUCACCAUGUUCGUGGUGUUCGUGCUCUUCGCCAUCUGCUGGGCGCCACUCAACCUGAUCGGGCUCGCCGUGGCCAUCGACCCGCACCGCAUUGCACCACACAUCCCCGAGUGGCUCUUCGUGGUCAGCUACUUCAUGGCCUACUUCAAUAGCUGCCUCAACGCCAUCAUCUACGGCCUGCUCAACCGCAACUUCCGCAGGGAGUACAUGCGCAUCGUCACAUCCGUGUGGAUACCACGCCUCUUCGUCACAGAGACCUCGCGGGCAGCUACGGAUGGGAUGAGGAGCAAGCCCUCGCCUGCCAUCAACAACAACGAAUGAAUCAUGGGAAAUGUAGUGUUUUUCUGAAACUUGGAAAAAGAAAUCAGGAAAUAAUGACCUGACAAAAAUACUGUUACAUUUGUGAAUAUUGCCCCAGACUCCAAUGACCUGGUGCCUGUUUGAUUUAUCCAGCACUCAUGAAGUAUCUCUUUUCAUGUUCUCAGAUUUUAUGGUACUGUACAUAUGUUAGAGUUUGCGUUUACGGGAAACAACCUCACACAGUUUAGAUGCUGCUGACAUCCGACUUGUUAUUGUGUAGAUAUCUUAGUAAUCUUGACAUGGAAAAGGAUAUCGACAGUUAACGGUUAAUAGACAGAUAUAUUAUUGAUAUAAAUUCUUUCAAAUGCAUAUGCACUGCCUUAAGUCCAGUCUUGUAUAUCAACCAUCUCUUGUGUCUACUGUACUUGUUAUACCUGACCCAUGUGAAAAAGUGCCAAACCCACUACUCUUGACACCAAAUCUCUUAAACUUGUGUGUGUCUGUGUGUGUGUGUGUGUGUGUGUGUGUGUGUGUGUGUGUUGUGUAUUGUGUAUUUGUCAAUGGGGACAACCCAGACCAACUUACUGUAUUUUUGUAGGGCAAUAUUUGCUUUUCCCCUUUUUAGGCACCAGUAAAUGAUGCUGAAUUUCAUCAAAUUUGCCCACGCACACUAGUGUGCUACCGUUAGCUGGUUAAAUUUGCAUUCAUUAGACUAACAGAUGCUGAGAAGAGGCAUAGCUGCCAAGAGACCUGAAACCAAACUCAUUUGAUAAAAAAAACAAUCUUCAGAUGUCUCAGAGACUCGGAAGUUCAGAUGAUUUUUUUUCCCUAUCAUGAUGUGGAGUCUAACAUAAUGCCCUGUCAAAGUUUGAUUUUCAAGAGAAUCACUCUAAUUUUAAAAAUGUUACUUGCACAAGUCCAUUAUUUGACAGAGAAAUAUAGUAUUAGUAUAAGUAUAUAUACUUUUUUGAUCCCGUGAGGGAAAUUUGGUCUCUGCAUUUAACCCAAUCUGUGAAU